UUAGUUUUUAAUUUUCAAGUUUUUAAUUUUUAAAAGAUUAUGGUAUUGAAAAAAUAACGAAGACAAAAGAACACGUAGAAAAGAUGCUUUAUUCACAGUGGACGCUUCUCACUGCUUCCUGACAUCAGCACGUUGAGUGUUUCAUACUCCAUCGCUCUGAAAUGGGGUCCAUUCGUUGUCUGUGAUCCCUCUGAAGGCUCACUGAAAAUAUAAAGUCAUGUCAAGCCAUGCCUCAAAAAAAGAAAAACGGUUUCUUUUUACCUCAGAAUCUGUUGCAGAAGGACAUUCUGACAAAAUGUGUGAUCAGAUAAGUGAUGCUGUUUUAGAUGCUCAUCUCAGUAUUGAUCCAGAUGCCAAGGUUGCCUGUGAAUGUGUGGCAAAAACUGGAAUGAUUUUGCUUUGUGGAGAGAUCACAUCCCGGGCUAUAGUAGAUUACCAACAAAUAGUAAGAGAGACCCUUAAGAGUAUAGGGUAUGAUGACUCUUCUAAAGGAUUGGACCAUAAGACUUGCACAGUUCUAGUGGCCUUAGAGCAACAGUGUCAAGAGAUCAAGCACGCUGUCUCCCAUGGCAAGAGUGACGAUGACAUUGGAGCAGGGGAUCAGGGUUUGAUGUUUGGCUAUGCCACUGAUGAAACUGAGGAAUGUAUGCCCUUAACAGUCCUCCUGGCACAUAAGCUUACUUCAAGGAUAAAGGAUCUGGAACGAAAUGGAACAUGGCCCUGGGUUAGACCAGAUGGAAAAACACAGGUCACUAUGGAAUACAAGGAGAGUGAUGGAGCAGUGGAACCCAUCCGAGUGCAUACAGUUGUGAUCUCAGUACAUCAUGCCCCAGAUGUACCUCUACAACACAUACAAAAGGAGCUAAUGGAGAAAGUUGUUAAAGAAGUCAUUCCAGAGAAGUAUCUCGAUGAAGACACAAUUUAUCAUCUCCUUCCAAGUGAGAAAUUUGUAGAAGGUGGUCCUAAGAGUGAUGCUGGUCUGACUGGUAGGAAGAUCAUUGUUGACACAUAUGGAGGUUGGGGAGCCCAUGGUGGAGGAGCUUUCUCUGGGAAAGACCCAUCCAAAGUUGAUCGUUCUGCAGCAUAUGCAGCUCGAUGGGUUGCAAAAUCUCUGGUGAAAGCUGGUCUCUGUAAAAGAGUAUUAAUACAGCUAUCAUACGCUAUUGGUCUGAGUCAUCCUCUUGCAAUCUCUGUGUUUCAUUAUGGAACCUCAGACAGAUCUGAAGAAGAGCUGCUUGAGAUUGUACAGAAAAACUUUGAUCUACGUCUUGGAGCUAUCAUAAGGGAGCUGGAUUUGAAGAGGCCAAUCUAUCAAAAAACAGCAUGCUAUGGGCACUUUGGGAGAGAAGAAUUUACAUGGGAAAUACCCAAAAAGCUUGUGUAUUAAGCUUUUCAGAAUGCUUCAGUUAACUGACAGGUGGUUUGACAAUCAGGUACAACUUCAAGCUGUUCACAUAAAGACUGCACCUACUCUUGUUUUAAAAUGACACUGUGUAGCUAACAGAUGUACUAAAAAUCGUAUGUAUUCAAAUUCUAAUUUUCAACUUCAAACGCAUGCAGCUCUAUCCAGCAUACUCCAGCUUUGUCUUUGGUAACAUGAACAAUUUAGGUCUUCGGCUCUGAUAAGAAUUUAAGUGCACAGGUGACUGUGGGAACUGAAGUCAGUACAGUACUGCCAGGGAGGCUGGCUGCUGCUUACCCAGUUAACUUUGUGUUGAAGUACGUGAGGUACCUUCAAAUAGCCCUCUGCAAAAGGAAAACAGUAAUAAUCUAUUUGUCUUAAUGCUUUGGGCAGUGAUUUCUACGACUACCAUUUCCUUUGGUCCAAGUAAGUUAGCAGAAAUACUUGUUUCAGAACAUGGGCAUUGUAACUCCAGAUGAAGUUAGAUCUGAAUUAGUGUUACAUUUGCUUGGACUGUCGUAAUUUUCUAAUGAGCUUGUGUGUUGUAAUUCUUCUACUCAUUUAUUGUUACUCCCUUAAAACUGCAGUUUUCCAUGUCCGCAGUUGGAUGAUUUUGUUAAGUUUCAUUGAGCCACUGAAUGAAAUGUGGAAGAUUUUUGUAAAAAAAACCUUAAAAUUGGAGGGCAUUACCUUCUUUUGAAUUCUCUAGCUGAAAGCACAAAUUGAAGAAAGAAUUCAAAGCCAUUCACUUUUUCUUUAAGGACUGGAAAAUAUGAGAAGGCUUGUAUACAGGAAGUAGCACUACAUAUCUAAUCUCCAGAGCUUCUAUCUAAAUGUUUUAACAGAUUUUCUAAUAGCUAUUUAUCACGGGGUAGCUAAUUUGCCCAGUGUAAAGUUUUCCUCAAGAACAGUAAAAGAUGUGUGCUUUGUUGUGCUUAAUACAAUACCAGAGAUGAAGCAAUUUCUCCACAAAAUCAAUCAACAUCUUUUCAAAUGUUCCCAUUAUCAUUCUGGAAAUGAAUUACUUAAACUGUGGCUUCAGAAAUGAAAAAUGAUGCCCAGAGCAGACAUGAGCAGCAAGAUUGCUGAAAAUUUAGCUAAAUUAAAAUGUUGCCUAUGUAGAGGGAUCAAUCAAAAUAUUUGUAUCUCCAAAUGUUGCAAGUGCUGCUUUAUUAUACACGUUAAUUUAAUGUCAAAUAAGCAGGCUCUUCUUUGAAAUGCAUGGCUACAAUAUGUUAUGUAAAUCUCUCAAAAUACAGUGGCUCAUAAUCUAUGUAAGAAAUAAACCAUAAUCACACACCAGAGUGAAACACAUGAUAGUGUAACCGCUGUAUGGAUAUUCUGAUAAUAAAGUUACAUGUAUGAAAGAAA